AUGCUAGAUGAAGUGCAAAGGGUAAAUAAAAAUUUUGAAAGCAACGACCGAGACCCGACUAAACUGCUGAAUGAUUUGGUUGAACUGGUUGAAUCAGUCGCCAGAAGAAUCAUAUUGCCAACAGCGCGAAUUGAUGUGUUGACAGCUACAAAUCUUGAAAGCUAUCUAGACCCAUCUCCAUACAUGGGCUAUGGUUUUGAACUGAAGCUGACUGAAUAUGAACUUUUACCUGAGGCCGAACGUAAUCUGCGGCACCGCUGUAAGCAGUUUACACUUAAACUUGUACAAGAAAUGCGAUCAAGGUUGCCAACAAAUGUAAAGAUAUUACGAACAAUGAAUAUGAUUUCUGUACAAGAAACUUUAAAAGCUACAAAACCACCAAUAAUAGAACUCGCACAAGAAUUCGGCUGCCAGGCCAAUGAAAUUGAACGUAUAGUUAUACAGUGGAGAAAUAUUCAACAUACCGACUGGGAAAAUAAAUGUUCAACUGUCGAAUUUUGGUCGGAGGUUCAUGAAUACAAAGACUCGGCGGAUAAUAAUCCAUUUUCGGAGUUGGCUUCUUUGGCCAUAUCUAUUCUUUCUUUGCCACACUCGAAUGCUGAGAUAGAACGAGUAUUCAGCCAAAUGAAUAUUGUAAAAAAAAAAUUAAGAAAUCGUAUGUCACUACAUACUCUGAACUCGAUCCUACACAUCAGAUAUGGCCUUAAAAGAUCAGGAAAAUGUUGUCAUUCCUAUAACGUUCCUGAACAUGUUUUAAAACAGAUUAGAGGGAUUAAAGAGUCGCUUGUGAUGCCAAUGACUACUGCUUUUGAAGAUGGCCCUUCAACAUCACAAGCACAAGUACACGACGAAUCUGAUAUUGAUGAUCUACAAAAAUAUUAUUUGACUUAUCUUGAUGAUUAA